AUGACGCAACAGGAACUUCUUACUGCUGCCCUUGCAGGGCUGUACAUGCUUCUAUCAAAAAGGAACCUAAAAGGAAAAGUUAUUGAUGGACCAAAAGGAUUACCACUUCUCGGCUGCAUACUUGAAUUCAACAACGAAACUAUUCAUUUAAAAUUUAUGGAAUAUGCAGAGAAGUUUGGAGAAAUUUUCCGAUUGAAAAUGCUGUCAGAUAAUUUAAUCGUUCUGAAUACUGAGGAAAAUAUUCACAAAGCACUGGGUGGAGAGAAAUAUAAAAACUAUUUCGGUGACCGAGCAGAAAUGUUUUGGGGCGAGCACUUCCGCUGUCACAAUCAAUCUCUUGCCUUUGUUGCGAGUGGUUCCAGCUUGUUUCAUAGAACUGCAAGAAAAAGCUACACCCAAGCUCUUCAUACAUAUGGUAGCGGAAUUCAGGACCUCGAGAACAAUGUUAUGAUUGAGAUGGCAAACCUGAUUGAAAGGAUUGAGAAGUACUCUGGAGGAGUGUUUGAGUGUGUAUCGAUGCUACAGAGGUCAUUGUCCAAUGUGUUGUCACUAGUUUUACGCGGAGAGACAAUUCCCGACAAUGACCCGGAUUCCAACAUGUUUUGGGAACACGUUCACGCAAAUGAUUUCUUCCUGAAUUCAUAUGUAAAUUUUGUGAUGACAGCGUUUCCUUUCCUUCGCUUUCUACCCGGAAAAUACGGCGACGAAUUCCGAAAUGGAAAGAAGGCCAAUGCAAAAAUAGCAAAGAGAUAUUUCUAUGAUAUGAAGGAAACGUAUGUUCCUGGUCACAUGAGAGGUCUUGUUGAUCACUUUUUGGAAGAACAGGAGAAACAAAUGCACUCAGAUACAGGGUUAUUCUUCACAGAUGACAGAAUUAUUGCUCAGCUAGUAGAAACCAUAGAUGCAGGUAUGACAACAUCAUGGUCGGCCCUCUCCAAUACAAUGCUGGUGUUAUUGAACUACCCGCAGUACCAGACAAAGAUUCAAGCGGAGCUGGACAACAUUGUUGGUCGCGGCCGGUUACCAACUUACGGAGACAGGGAAAAAUGUAAAUUCUUCCAAGCGUUUGAAAUGGAGGUCCAUCGUUAUUUAACAGUGCUUCCACUCAUGCUGCCACAUCUAUGUAAAGAACACACUGGAUUUGAGGGAUACGACAUUCAAGCCAACAGUACUAUUUUUGCCAAUAUCUGGUUUUUACACCACAACAAGGAAAUCUGGGGAAAUCCUUGGACUUUCAGACCAGAGAGAUUUUUGGACGAACAUGGAGACUUGGUUGCAAUUGAGCACAAACUACGUAGAAACCUGAUACCAUUUGGGUACGGCCUACUUCAAUGUCCCGGAGAGAUGUUUGCAAAAACUCGAUACUUCCUCUAUAUUUCAAGCUUAUUGCAACGUUGGAAUUUUGAGUUCCCACCCGGCAAGGAGAGACCAUGUGAUCCAAGGAUUACAGAAAACUUUGACAUCAAAAUUAUGAUGAGGGCUCAGCCAUUUUUCUGCUGUGUCAAAGAAAGAUUAUAAAAGAAGAUUUAGAAGAAAAAGCAAACUGUAUCAGUACACAUAUUUUAUGUCGUGUGUGUCUUUUUAAUGUCUUAAGACGUCUGACGUUACUUUCGUUCAUGUGCGUCUUGUUUUCCGCGCUGUU